AUGAUGCGAAUUGGUUUAACCGCCGGCCGGGUGGUGGCGCGUAGAAUGGGAACCUCCCCUAGCCGCCGCCUUGUUCUCUAUUCUAAUGUGAACAACAACAAUAAUAAUAGCAAAAUUACGUUUGCUUCCUCAUUUAGAGCAUUGUGUACUUGCUCAAUUUCCGAUUCCAAUACUACUGCAACUAAUAGUAAUAUUCUUGACGCGGAGACUGUGACUAAGGCUUAUGGUGCUGAAGCUCCAAAAUAUGGGGCAAUGGAAGAUAGUUUGAUGUCGGAGGCGUAUUCCGCGAUCGAACUGACGUUGGAUUCUGUUGUGAAGAUUUUUACGGUGGCCAGCAGCCCCAGUUACUUCCUUCCUUGGCAGAACAAGUCCCAACGUGAAACCAUGGGAUCUGGGUUUGUUAUUUCGGGAAGGAGAAUCCUGACAAAUGCCCAUGUUGUGGCUGAUCACACAUUUGUACUUGUAAGAAAGCAUGGUUCUCCCACUAAGUAUAGGGCAGAAGUCAAAGCUGUUGGUCAUGAGUGUGAUUUGGCUAUUUUGGUGGUUGAGAAUGAAGAAUUCUGGGCCGGAAUGAACUUUCUGGAGCUUGGUGACGUUCCUUUUCUUCAAGAAGCUGUGGCUGUAGUUGGUUAUCCUCAGGGAGGAGACAACAUUUCUGUUACCAAAGGAGUUGUCUCCAGAGUUGAACCCACACAAUAUGUACAUGGUGCAAGCCAGCUUCUGGCGAUACAAAUUGAUGCAGCGAUAAAUCCAGGGAACAGUGGAGGCCCCGCAAUCAUGGGUGACAAAGUUGCUGGAGUAGCUUUUCAAAACCUUUCUGGAGCAGAGAAUAUUGGUUACAUUAUUCCUGUUCCUGUGAUAAAACAUUUCAUAGCUGGUGUUGAAGAAACUGGAGACUAUGUUGGAUUCUGCUCUAUGGGUCUGUCGUGCCAACCUACUGAAAACAUGCAAAUUCGAGAACACUUUCAAAUGAGUCCUGGUUUAACUGGGGUGCUUGUCAGCAAAAUUAACCCACUAUCUGAUGCAUAUAGAGUUUUGAAAAAAGACGAUAUCGUCCUUUCAUUUGAUGGUGUGUCCAUUGCAAAUGAUGGAACGGUUCCUUUCCGUAACAGAGAACGGAUAACAUUUGAUCAUUUAGUCUCCAUGAAGAAACCUGAUGAAGCUGCUCAAGUUAGGGUAUUGAGAAAUGGCGAAGAGCUUGAGUUCAGUGUUACCCUUCGUCCAUUACAACCACUUGUUCCAGUUCAUCAAUUCGAUAAGCUUCCUAGUUAUUUCAUUUUUGCCGGCUUUGUCUUUAUUCCAUUGACACAACCAUAUCUACACGAGUAUGGAGAAGACUGGUAUAACACCUCUCCGCGUCGGUUGUGUGAACGAGCACUUAGGGAGCUACCAAAGAAAGCUGGAGAACAACUUGUUAUUCUCUCGCAGAUACUAAUGGAUGAUAUCAAUGCCGGUUAUGAGCGUCUUACUGAGUUACAGGUGAAAAAGGUCAGCGGGGUCGAAGUCGAGAACUUGAAACAUUUGUGCCAACUCGUGGAAGAUUGUAGCAAAGAGAGUAUAAGAUUUGAUUUAGAUGACGAAAGAGUGAUUGCUUUGAACUAUGAUGCGGCCAAAGUUGCCACAUCUCGCAUACUAAAAAGGCAUAGAAUACCUUGUGCCAUGUCUGCUGACCUUGUUGAGGAACAAAAUGUGUCUCAAAUUGAGUUAGCCUCUUCGAGCUAA